UCUGCUUAGACCUAACCCUAGCUAUUCAUCAGAGAGCGAAGCCACUGAGGGAGGCUUUCCAGCGUUAGAAACGGGUCUUGCGAAAUAGUCACGGAUUUGUGUCUAAAGUCUAAACUUUUAAAUGAGGUAUCUCGUCAAAGGCUGAAGUCCAAAGAUAUUUUACCCGUGUUCAAACCCGUGUGCAGCUAAGUGUUCAAUGCGGAAUAGCAGCUGUCGCUCCGGUUUAGCAUCAAAGUGGAAUUAAUUUAUUCACUCUGGAAGCUGAAAAUGAUCUGGUAUAAUAAAUCAUGUAGUUUAGGGAAAAUGUCUAGUCUCUGUGGAUCUCUGGGAAUUGUGGCCAGCUAAUAUACUGCGAGGAAAUUGCACAUGGAGUCAGACCUGCUGGUGCUACAUUAUAGCCCAUGCACUUCCUGUUGAGAGAGUCUUUCAGAAGGUUGAGUUCAAAGCGCGACUCCAGUGUCGAGUGUGCUUAUUGAUGAGCAGGAGCAGAAUCCAAGUACUGCAGGAUCCAGCAUGAACCCCAGGUUCAGAGCAGCAGACUCCCCCAGCCUGCUACACGCAGAGCCAGACAGAUCAGUAGCAUAUGACUGCACAGUGUGUGGGCGGAGUUUUUCCUUCCUCAGCUCUCUGUCGCAGCACAUGAGACGGCACACAGGAUCCCGGCCUUACAAAUGCCCAUACUGCCCCCACCGUGCCUCACAGAAGGGCAACCUGAAGGUGCACAUUCGCACCCACAAACUGAGCAUGCUAAUCAGCCCUAGUCUGCAGGAAGAAGAGGUAGGGGACAAUGGCAACACGAAGCUUGGUGUGAACGAGGGGCUAGAAGCCACGCCCACCAAGUCCAUCUCAACCUAUAAAGGAGAAAUGAAUGGGAAGACAUUCGGACGGAGCCUAAAGAGAGAAAAGAGGAGAGUAAUGCAGUGGCUCCGCUGCCGGUUAUGUGGACACGAGGCUCAGAGGGAGGACCAGCUCCUCAGCCACAUCGAGAAGGUGCACAUCACCACUGAUCCAGAACAGUGUGGCUCUCUUGCUGAGGCAGAGGGUGAGGAUGAGGGUGAGAGCAUCUUCACCUGUGAGCUGUGUAGUAAGAGCUUCAGCCAGGCCUCUCUCCUCCAAGUCCACCGCAGGAAGCACUGCACUCCUUGCCACAGCUGCAGUGUGUGUGGCCGGAGCUUCAGCCAGGUCUGGUUUCUUAAGAGUCACAUGAGGACUCACAGCAAGAGCAGGGCAUUGGCUCAUGGCCGACCCACAACCCAGUACCAGCUGCUCACCAAUGGUGUGUCUCAGGACCCAGAGACCACCACAGACCCUGGCUCCACCUGCCUCUAUGAGCUCUGUACAGAGUGCGGCCACAUCUUUCACAGCAGAGAGAGCCUGAAGGUCCAUAUCCAAGUGCACAAUCUCAGCAGAGCCGGACAGAAGCAGUGUGAUCAGACUCCAUCAGAGAACGAUCAUCAGUCCCCAGCAGCUAAAAGAAGCUUCAUGGAGUACCUGUUCCUCCAGCCUGUAGUGAACACUGAAAAAGGAGAUAAUGAGAGUAGCAGGCUGGGUUACAGGGUCACAGAGCUGAAUCCUGUAUGCAGUGUACAGGCCUGGCAGCUGGCCACUAGGGGCCACUUAAUAAAGUCUGUGAGUGGCAGUGAGGCUUCAACUUCUGCAGAUAUGCUGGAUCAAGGGGCACCAUGGCUACUCAUUCCAAAAGGGCCAGAGAGACGUCAGGGCCGGCGCAAUAGCAUGGGCGGGUCUGGCAAUAGCACUGCAGAGUCUCCUAAGCUCCUGAGUGAUACUGAGUACCUGCCAUGUUCUAGAGUUGCCCGGCGCUCCUCUAAUAUCAAGCCCAGCGAAUGUUUUGAGUGUGGAAAGGUGUUCCGCAACCGUAGACGCCUGUCUGUUCACAUCCGAACUCACCGCAGGGAUAGCAGGAGCUCUGGGGGGGAAGCAGACUCGGGGUCACCCAGUCCAUCCAGCACUUCAACGUGCAGCACACAGCGACUGGGAGAGAGAGCUGCCAAUAGCAGAGCAGCUAAGAGCACGCAGCAGUUGGCAACCGAAGAGAAGCUGUGCACAUGCAGCCAGUGCGAUUACAUCACUACCACAUCUUCUGACUUCCUGUUGCAUGUGCACUGCAUGCAUCCCUGCUCUGUGGCAGUCCUGGGCAAUGGUUGCCCCUCUCUCAGCCCCCACACAAUAGGAGACACAACCGCCAGUUUUUCCAGGAUGAAGAAUGACCUACUUCACAGACCUGCAUCAUGUCCAGAGAUCCUUGCAGCCCCCACUGCACAGCCGGCUUGCACCGCACACCCCCAAGCUCCAAUACAGUCGGCUCACACUCCAGCUGACAUGGAGACAGCAGAGGCCAGGCGGGCAGCCCAGAGCGGAGCUGAGAUUCAAGAACAGGCUCUGGAUCUGUGCAUGUGCUUGGAUGGAGGGAGAGCUUCUCUUACUCCAAGUGCAGUGCAGGGGGUCCUGCCCUGCCACCAGUGUUGCUACUGCAGUUACUCCACCUGCUGGCUGGAGGUGCUGUGGAUGCAUCAGAGCAUUGCCCACAGGAUCAGCAGCAGCACUGUCACUCCCUGCUGGGCCCCUAGAAAAAUGUCCAGACGUACAAAAGAAGGUUUUUUGGUAGGGCGACGCACAGGGCCCCCGCCUGCUUUGGAUGGGAAAGAGUGUCCUCCCCUUGCUAUGGUUGCCCGUUCACAACGAACCAGCUCACCUGCUGCUAAUCAGAAUCCUACAGCUCAACGGAGUCUGCAUAUGAGCAGUCAGAUUGCAGGCCAAGCCAGCCCUGGAGAGCCUAAUGGGGUGAGUAGAACACAAGAAAGUGAGGAAAAACACAGGGGUAUAUCAAGAGCACAGGCUGAGUCUCACUCUGGACUAGGCUCUGUUGGAGUUCAAGUUGGACUGGGUUCUGCAAAGGUUCUGGAGAAAAGUUCCAUUGUCCAAGCUUCUGGGUUUAACAUAGAGAGCAUAAAGCCCUGCAAGGCAGGCUUCCCCAAAAACCCCUGCUACAUUCAAAGCACCAAUGCUCCACAAGAGGGCACUGUGGAUGUCGCACUCCUUUCACAAAAACAAGACCCUAAGAUGCCUGAUGCUUCCAUGGACAUCCUUAGUUUCCUGAAGCAAUGCAACUCCCAUGACCCUGCAGCCUUGUACCAUUCCUGGAGCUCUGGCAAGCUGCAGCUCCCUCACAGAGAUUUCAACUCUCUCUCUGAUGAGCAGGUGGAGAUCGAGCCCAACAGAGAGGGUAUAUACAUCAGGAGUUUGGAAAAGAUUUCAGGCAAUCGAGCCACCUCUGCAUACACAUGAGAUCACACACAGGUGAAACGCAGCCAUGUUUAAAGCAUCAGCCAGAAGAUCCAAGUGCAGGAUGUACACUGUGUGCACUUUGACCUCUCUGUAGCUCAUCUGAAAGAUCCCCACCCUGAAAUGACAACAGCAGCACCCUACACUUCCCCCACCCAGAAAGGUUCUGUAUAAAGAGAUAAAGUGUUUUGGUCACUGUUUUUAGGGUAGAAAACUGACACUGAAUCGGUCUUUACCAGUCAGCAUUUCAAUUUUGUUCUGGUAGAAUUAUUUCUCUUUAUGUAAUAGUGUGCAUAUUCUUUCGUGUGAUUUCUCUCUUUAUUUUGUUAGGCUAAAGAACAUUCAUAAUUUUUGUGUUCUGUUGACAGCAGCUUUGGUGUGUAUGUGUGUGUGUUGAGACAACAGCUGUGUCUGAAAUCACCCCCUAUUUGUCAUACAGAGCACUGUUUCUUGCCAGCCAUUGUGCAGGAGCUAAAUUCUUAUUUGACAGUUUGGUUCCUUUUUUAGUCUUACCCACAAUGCAUCAUAAAUUACAGUAGAGACUGUAGAGGGAUGUACCACAGUGCAAUACAAGGAAAAAUAUUUCUUUAAGAUGUCAGCAGAGGGCGCUGGUACUCUUUCUCUUGUGCUGAACAACUUCACAGUGCUAUCAAAACUGCAGUGACUCCUUGCUAGUGACUAAAUUUCUGGUGCAGAAUGAAAAGUGUUGGGAAAGCUUGAACUGCUUCAUACUGGCUCCCAAUUGAAUGGUUGGUGCAGAUGGAAGGAGUGAAGGAGUCAUAGUGAGAGUGAUUCUGUAUUUGUCUAUAUGGGUAAUGUCAGGUAAUGACAUGAGUAGAAUUGUCUGUUGUCCAGGCUGUAUGGGAUGGAGUAGGAGGGGGAUGGUGUGGUGAUAGUAACAGCAGUGUAACCGUGUGUGCAUUUAUUCAUUUUCCUCUACUGUGCAUUAGCCAUGCUCCGCGUUUGAUAAUGUUUUUAAGUUGACCUUGUGAGGCAAAUGGCUUUUUCACUUUAAAUAGCAAAUAUAUCAUUGCCCAGCCCCACUGCUUAUACACCACUCCAUCCUAAAAGAGUUCUGUCACAUUGUUUUUAUAUAUAGAGAAAAUAACCCCAUUUGUCUUCUGAGCUUUUCUUCCCUCUUAUGCAUUUAUUAUGGUAAGCCUUCAUAGGCUCACAUGAACUGUUUAAAACACUUGAAUGGGUCAGUGUGGCCCACCACCAUGUGGAGAUUCCUUAAUAAGGAAAAAAUGAUUAACAUUGUUCUUUAGCAAAUGAAGAUAUGUAAAAGGACUGAGAGUGAGACUGUGGACCUCCUUCUGCGGAACUCUCUAUGUGGAACAGUUUCCAAACCCACACAUCCAACUCCAAAGGAUUUGUUCACCUUCGGUGCACUUAGAUGGGGCUGCUGCCUCAGGGUUCUUUCCUCUGGCUGGAUUUUCCUCAGGUUAUUUUAGUCACCCAAAAAAGGAAUCAAGAAAUAUUUGCUUGUGAUGUUUUUCUUUCCUUCUGUGUAAAGUGAACCUCAGGUAUAUGCUUGUAGGUAUGUGUGUUUUUAGGUGUGCUGUUCUCUGCAUGUUUCUGAUUCAUUGUUUCUUCAGAUGUAGGCUUAUACAUUAGUUAAUAUUAUGCAGUUUCAAAUCCAGGAUUUUUCCACAAAGGUAAAAAAAAUCCAUGUGCCAGGGCAAAUGUUUUCUUUUCUGUUACCGUGAAUGACAGAAAAAUUUGUAACAAAUUAAUUUGGCUUUUAUAUAUUAAAAAGGAUUAAUGUAUUCUAAAUAUUCAUCUGUAUAUCCUUAUAAUGCCAGUUGUUUUUGUAUUUAUCAGUUGUUCAAAAUUCAGGUGUUUUCAGGUGUUUCGAUUUGCUGAUGUUCUUGCGUGUUCUUAGUGAGCUGAAAUAUUCUGAAGACCUGUCUCUCCUGAGACACCCCUCUUUCUCUGUCACUUUGUAUUGUACAUGACUUUAAAUUCAAUUUCCACAUUAAAGACGAAAAACGCA